CUAACCGACGACGAUCCAUUCCAAUCAAUUAAUUCCAUGUUCAUGUAAGCAGCUCUAUCCUCACUCCCCCCACCCCACCCCUCAGAUCUCGAAUACUCUCCUGCUUUCUUUCUUUCACAUUGCAUUCUUCAUUUUUGAUGCGGCGAUAGAUUGAUAGCUUCGGAUCAGAUCUGCCCUGUUCCCGAUUCAGUGAAAAAUUGUGGUGGUAGGAGAAGGAGGUGUUUCAACUUCACUGAAUCUAUUUAAAUGACGAGGGGACGACCAGACGGGCGGCAGAAGAAGCGGUUGUUGGCCUCUGUUUGUCUUGGGAUUGUGUUUGUCGUAUUUCUGUAUUUCUACUUUGGUUCUAAUAAUGCUGGCGAGUCUGCUCUGGAGUACGGUAGCCGCUCUUUGAGAAAGCUAGGUUCUUCUUAUUUGGGAGGAGAUGAAGAUUCCGACAAGCAAGAUGAUUCGUCAGUCAAGUUUGGGCUAGAUGAUGGUGAGGAAGGAAUCUAUCCCAAGAGCUUCCCUGUAUGUGACGAUCGCCAUUCAGAGUUGAUCCCUUGUCUUGACAGAAAUCUUAUUUACCAAUUGAGAUUGAAGUUAGAUCUAUCUGUGAUGGAGCACUAUGAAAGACACUGCCCAAUGCCCGAAAGGCGGUUUAAUUGUUUGAUUCCUCCUCCUCAUGGAUACAAGAUCCCGAUCAAAUGGCCACAAAGUAGAGAUGAAGUUUGGAAAGCUAAUAUUCCACACACUCACCUAGCACAUGAAAAGUCCGACCAGAAUUGGAUGGUUGUUAAAGGAGAUAAAAUUAAUUUCCCCGGAGGAGGAACCCAUUUCCAUUAUGGAGCUGAUAAAUACAUUGCACACAUUGCAAAUAUGCUCAACUUUUCCAACAGUAACCUCAACGACGAAGGAAGGUUGCGCACGGUUUUCGACGUCGGCUGCGGUGUUGCAAGUUUUGGUGGAUACCUUCUUUCAUCUGAUAUCAUUGCCAUGUCACUAGCGCCAAACGACGUGCACCAAAACCAAAUCCAAUUCGCUUUGGAGAGAGGAAUCCCUGCAUAUCUUGGCGUUCUUGGGACAAAGAGGCUUCCUUAUCCGAGCAGGUCUUUUGAAUUUGCACACUGUUCCCGUUGCCGAAUCGACUGGCUUCAGAGGGAUGGAAUCCUUCUUCUUGAACUGGAUAGACUUCUCAGACCUGGCGGCUAUUUCGCUUACUCAUCCCCGGAAGCUUACGCUCAGGAUGAAGAAGAUCUUAGAAUCUGGAAAGAAAUGAGUGCCCUCGUGGAACGUAUGUGUUGGAGAAUAGCUGCGAAAAAGAACCAAACUGUCAUUUGGCAAAAGCCUUUAACUAACGAUUGUUAUUUGGAAAGAGCACCUGGUACUCAGCCGCCACUCUGCAGGUCAGACGAUGAUCCUGAUGCUGUUUGGGGCGUAAAAAUGGAAGCCUGCAUCUCGCCUUAUUCUGAUCACGAUCACAAAGCCCGCGGCAGUGGACUGGCGCCCUGGCCUGCUCGAUUGACCUCUCCUCCUCCACGCCUUGCUGAUUUUGGUUAUUCAAGCGAAAUGUUUGAGAAAGACACGGAUCUGUGGAGGCGGAGAGUGGAUCAUUAUUGGAACCUCUUGAGUCCGAAGAUCUCUUCUGACACCGUAAGAAAUUUGAUGGAUAUGAAGGCGAAUUUGGGAUCAUUUGCUGCUGCCUUGAAAGACAAAGAUGUUUGGGUAAUGAAUGUUGUACCCGAAGACGGACCCAACACCCUCAAGAUUGUCUUCGACAGAGGCUUGAUCGGCUCAAUUCAUAACUGGUGCGAAUCCUUCUCCACAUACCCUCGAACCUACGACCUGCUCCAUGCCGGGAGCAUUUUCUCGGACAUAGAAAAGAAAGGUUGCAGCGGCGAGGACCUUCUGCUGGAAAUGGACCGCAUCCUGAGGCCAACAGGCUUCGCCAUUUUCCGCGACAGGCAGCCGAUCAUCGACUUUGUGAAGAAGUAUCUCGGCGCGCUCCACUGGGAAGCAGUGGCGACGGCAGAGCCAGGCGCAGAGGGCGGCGAGGAUGGAGACGAGGUCGUGCUGAUCGUACAGAAAAAGGUGUGGCUGACGAGCGAGAGUGUGCGCGACGACGCUGCCGCCGAGUAGAUUUUCAUCUGCUUCGAAGAAACAGAAUCGAAAAGGAAAAGCUUUCCUUUCAACAGGAAUUUAAGGUCAGCAGAAGUGUCUUGGAGAAAUUUUUAGAAAUAAUUUAAGUUAAUUGGUGAGGUUUAUUGAUGAUAUGAGUCUGUGAGUUGUGUUAAAAAGUGUUAUUUUGGAGAAGACCAUAUAGCCAUCAGCAUCAUAUUUUGUUCUUGCAUUUAGAAAUAUGUUAUUCUUCGUAAUUAUAAUUGUUAUUAUUGUUUUGUUUGGUAUUUGGUAUAAGAAGCUUAUUUAAUUUUGGAAUUUGGGAAAUGCUGUAAUAUUUAUUUAUUUAUUUAUGUUUUAAA